CCGUGUUUAGUUAGCUGCUAGGCUGCCUCUGUGCCACGUCCCCCAGAGGUGGAGGUAGCAGCUCUUUCCUAGACAUUUUUCCACAGCUGAGGGGAGCUCUCUGGAAUUUUGGUAUUGCGGGCGAUUGUCUUUGCAGUUGGGCCGGCCUUCAGGGUGCCAUUUACGCAUGCAAAUUUCAAUGAUAAAUAUGGGAUGCCUACGACAAAGACAAAUUCAACCGCGGAUGGAACAAAUUUGGGCACUGACUUGGCAUUCUCGACAUGUUUGAAAGCUGCAAGAGAACGGACGACAUUUCCUUUGGCUGUAAUUUGCGUAUAAAUUGGCUAAAAUAUACGCUUAGUUUUGAUUCACAACGUUCACACGUCCUUACAAAAAGCGGGAGAUAUGCUCAACGGUACUUUACAUACUCAGGGCGUGAAAACCGCAAAACCAGCAGCAGGUUAGUUUGCAGACCCAGCCGGCUCUCUGGUGUCAUUCUGUGAUCAUACAGAGACCUCUGCUGUUCACGGUGGCGCACUGCAGCUUCGGCGACUACUGGCAACUCCCUUACAAUGGUCAGGAACGGGGCAUUCUCUCUAUUCAUAUGAAUGAAGUUGAAGCUGGACUGCCGGCAACCAUUUCCUUGGCAUCAAAAGAAUUUAUGUGGAUGCAUUUUUAUAAAUAUUAAUGUUCGCUGUAUUUCAGACCACUCAGAAUAUUGCACUUUUCUCUGUUGAAUUCACUACAAGGACUCGUGGCUGGAAUAAAUUCCGGGAGAGCAAGAAGCAGGAGACGACAGCAACAAAGGAGCUGGCCAGAGAUGUAAAAGAGUUGUCAAUUUAAGAAUGGAGUAAUUUUAUACAGGGGAGAUCCGUAGAGUUUCAUCUGGACUGGGGAAGGAAUUGAGUAUUUGUAGGUUAUGCAGAAGGUCUAGGACCUGAGCACUGCAUUUGGAGCUGAUGCCAUUGCAAAAAGCCCACCCUGCAUUUGAGGGAAUUAUGUUCCGGUUCAUGAGAGAUGGCGAGCCAGAGGAUCCAAUGUUUGUGAUGGACCCUCUUGCCAUCCACCACCAGCACGUGAACCGUGUGCUCUCAGGUGGCUUUGGUUAUAGCCCUUUCCUCAGCAUUGGCAAUGGGACUGUACCUGGAACACGCCAGGCUAGCCGUAGAAUGCAGGCAGGAACUGUUUCGCCCUUUGGGAUGCUAGGAAUGGCAGGUGGUUUUAUGGACAUGUUUGGAAUGAUGAACGACAUGAUUGGGAACAUGGAGCACAUGACAAGUGGUGCCAACUGUCAGACGUUUACCUCUUCAACUGUCAUAUCCUACUCGAAUCUGGGGGAUGCCCCCAAAGUCUAUCAGGAGACCUCAGAGACACGCUCUGCCCCUGGUGGGAUCCGGGAGACAAGGCGGACGGUGCGAGACUCGGACAGCGGCCUGGAGCAGAUGUCUAUUGGACACCACAUCCGGGAACGUGCACACAUCAUGCAGCGCUCGCGUAAUCACCGCACGGGUGACCAAGAGGAGAGGCAAGACUACAUCAACCUAGAUGAGAGUGAUGCUGCUGCAUUUGAUGACGAAUGGAGGCGAGAGACAUCCCGCUUCCGGACGCAGAGAGGGCUGGAUUACCGGCGUCACGAGGGAAGUAAUGGCCGCAGGGCUGAGGGGACUCGCCUUGCUAUUCAGGGACCCGAGGAGUCUCCAACCAGACAGUCGCGCCGGUACGACUGGUGAAUCCAGAGCAGACUUAAGGGGGGGUGUGAUGCGGUCACCCCCAGAUCUACCUUCAUGCUCUUGUACAGACAGUGAAACUCUGAUGGCGAAGCCCCUACGAAACAUCACUUGGACCUUCCUCAAGUUGAAUACUAGCCUCGUGCCCCUCUUAAAAUAUAAAUUAAGUGACUAACUCUCUUCGCAGUUGUACUCCUUACAUAGAGCAGGUGGCCAAGGGAAAUGUGAGGGACCUUGUCCAUGAAUGAGUGACACAUCAAUUUUACUUAGUUCUUUUUCCUCUAAUUCCUCCCUGCCCUUCAUUGAGCUACCCCUUCCCUUAGUGUUUUUUGGGGGAUGCAGGAGUGGUCUCCCUCAAUUUUUGCCAUCCCCUCUGUAUUUCCUGCUCCAAGUUUGGCUGGUUCCAGAGUUUGUAUUUAAUCUACCCACCCACCUCAAGUGGCAACCAAGUAAGAAAAUCUGUUGACCUGCUAUUAGUUUCAAGCGCUUGGAAAAUAACCUUUAGUCGCCUUUGCUCUUGGCCGGCCUGCCUCCCUGCCCUGGAAAUAGGGUAUGUAUGAAAAGGGUACAAGGGACCGGGUGAGGUGUGGACAAACCAAACAGGCCCUACCUCUCUGUCCCAAUCCAGUCAGCUCCCCAUCUUAUAAAAUUUGAUUUUGUGAAACUUGUAACUAGAUGUUUACUGAGUUGAAUAAAGAAAUGGAACCUGUAAAGCAAGUG